AGGAACAAUGCCAACCCCAACCCCUCUGUUCCCAGGCAGUGAUAGACGCCAACAUUUUCCCGGUGCUGAUCGAGAUCCUGCAGAAAGCGGAAUUCCGCACGAGGAAAGAGGCGGCGUGGGCCAUCACCAACGCCACGUCAGGAGGGACCCCCGAGCAGAUCAGGUACCUGGUAAAUCUGGGCUGUAUCAAACCCCUGUGUGAUCUGCUGACAGUGAUGGAUUCCAAAAUUGUCCUGGUGGCUUUGAACGGGCUGGAAAACAUCCUGAGGUUGGGAGAGCAGGAGGCCAACCAGAGCGGGACCGGGAUCAACCCCUACUGCAGCCUGAUCGAGGAGGCCUAUGGUUUGGAUAAGAUCGAAUUCCUGCAGAGCCACGAGAACCAGGAGAUCUACCAGAAAGCUUUUGAUCUGAUCGAGCACUACUUUGGGGUGGAGGACGACGCUGCCGUGGCUCCUCAGGUGGAUGAAAACCAACAGCAAUACAUCUUCCAGCAAGCUGAGGCCCCCAUGGAAGGAUUCCAACUAUAAUUUUGGGAUGAAUCCCCUCGGGAAAAAAAAAAACCCAAAAAAAAAAUCACCACAAACUUUUUCUGGAAAGUUUGGGAAGAGCGGCUGCCGGUCCUGGCUGUGGGGAAAAGCUGGACGUGUGCACUCCACCUGUUUUAGGAAAACUCUGCAAAAAAAAGAAAACAAAAAACAAAAAAAAAAUAUACAAAACAACGCUUGAUCCUCCCAGAAAGAAGGGGAUUUUUUUUUCUGGAGGCAGGAAGGACACGGAGGUGACACAGGUGGCACCUUUUUUGGUGGCUUCUUCUUUGUGGUUCUUCCCUCGGGUUGGGUGAGGACACGGAGAGAGGAGGGA